GCUCAAUAAAUAAUUGAAUGUUGAAUUUCCUAAUUUAAGAAAACUUAGUAGUCACGUAGGAAAACCUAUCCUUUCAAUUGCAUGAAAGGGCGGGAAAUGUGUGGAGAAAGAGGAUUUGGACAAAAACACUUAAAUUUUGUUAAUUUAACUGCAUAUGUAAGACUGGCAUUUUAUUAUUAAUAAUAGUAAUAAUAAUAAUAAUGCUAUUAUUAUUAUUAUUACUAGGCGGAGGUGUGUGUGCCCCGCUGCCUGCAUGUGUCACGCUUGCUCUUUUUCAUCCUGCAGCUCACUCCAUCAGACAGCGCAGGGCGCAGAUCAGAGCAGGGCUGCAGCCCCGUGAUAACAGCCUCUGUCAUUAACUCUUUCAUCCAGAGAUGGAGGGGAGAGCCAGCAGCCAUUUUCGUUCCCCCCUCGAACAAGCAUUUAGUCAAACACAGACGCACACACACACACACGUGCAGGAGAGCGAGCCACAGACCGACACUGAUUAAUGUGCGACUCUCUGUUUUCAACCUCUUUACGUCAGGCCUGUGUGGCAGACAGGUGCGGAGAUCUCGGCCCUGCGUGAUCCACCUGAAACCACUGCAGCACGACCAGGACAGUGGAGGAGUCAUAGAGAACAUAGGAGCGGAUUUAAACGCCGGUAUCGAAAAUGAAAAAAUAUUUGGUGUUAUUGUAGCUCAAGCCGAGUGUCCUUUGGAACACUGUCAGAGAUGAACCGCAGGAAAUCCUGCCUGAUCUGGGUGAUAUGUAGAAGAAAUCCCCUGCACUGACACUGGCGUUUUGAUGGAUGACGUGCUGUAAAUUAUUUCACUUCACUCCGCUGUUUUGCUUUGACAAUUUUGCUGCGAAAAAAAAAGGUUUUCUACACAUCUACACGACAAGGACAACGUGUGUAUUUCAUUAAAAUAUCAGACUACUACACAUAUAUACCACGCGUCUGGGGGAAAAAACAAUUCUAUUAAAUUAUAUUAAAAAAUAAUGGAGUUAUAUAUGUGUCAAACACGUGUUUUUAAUCACAAAUCAUUCAAACAAUGCUGGAUAUUAGACACGCUAAAAAAUAAAGAUAAAUUACACGUUUUUGAUUCUAACAAACAAAUCAUACUCACUCUCUCACACACACACACGGAAUAAGUGAGUGAUGGAAUGAAAAUAUUAAAAGAAAAAAAAACAUGGCAGAAAUCAAGCUUUAAGGAAAGAAAAUAAGAGGGCAACAUGAAUAAAAACUCCAAGGAAAAAGUCAAUCCAAAGUAAUAAAAUAAUCCAAACGUACAUGUCGGUUGUUUCCAAAAACAGAAGGGACUUCUUUAGCGCGAAGGCAGCAAUUAUUAUUCAGUCUGUAUUAAAAAUAAAAAUCUUAUACCAUUAUAUAGCAAUGACUGAAACAAAAACAAAAAAACAUUUAGCCUCAUUGUACAGACUGACAACACGUCAUAUAAUCCAAAAUACAACUGGAGAAACUAAUGUCGCUACGUCCGCUGUCCCUAAAAAAUAAAAAUCGAUCUUUCAGAAUGUUUUGAUUUUAAAAAAUCGUAAACGAAUCCAUUUUUUUAAUGAUUUUUAAAAAAAAAAAAAAGUCUUCUCCAAGAGUUUGAUUCUCUACGAAUUCCAGGCUCCUUUUAUACGCGUAAAAGUGUGCACGACUUCAGGGCCCCGGAAUGCCAUUGGACGUUGGGAUGCGUUAUUAUAGAUCGUGGGUUUGGGAAGAGAUGGUGGGGGGGACUGGAAGCACCUCCCCCAGAAAUGCAGCAAAGCUCUUCCAUUUUCUCCUCUGGUGGGGCACUGGGAGGCUUGGAGACGUGCUUUGCAUUGGCAGGCUGUUGAGGACACGUGUCUCCUCCUCCUGUCCCCCCUCCGGGCUCCACCGUACCGCAUUGGCAUCACUAUAGGCACCUGAAAACCUAACAGCCUACUCCCGGACCCUGCUGCCCAACGCUUUGUGAUCCGAAUUAAACGCAUAUAUGCGCCUUUUGGAGACCUGUUGCCGCCGUUUAUCGUGCGUAACGCUUUUGCGCACGGUGCCGAGACGCGUCAGAUAGGUGCGCUUCUCGUUUCGAACCAGAGCUCGGUGCCAGGAUGCACAAACGGAGCGGCGACGUCUGAAGGUGACAUGAACCUGGGGAUAGUCGAGAGCAGCAGGAGAAAACUGGACCAGAAGCGGAGAUAGCAACUGAAAACCUCCGGUGUCUUCAUCGAAGUCGCGCGCCUUUCUGUGGCUUUAUCUGAUGUAGAGGACCAAGAAGUGCGACACACGUAAUCACUUGUUUCUGACUGGAAGAGAAAAAAAUAAUAAUAAUUAAGGCGCAAACCGUUGAGCCACAGGAAGAGAACCGAAGAUGGCGACGUUAAUUAGAGGAAAGAUUUCUAAUAAACUGUCAAAUGCAGCCACAGCUGUUUCCAACAAAUCCCAGGCGAAGGUGAGCGGCAUGUUCGCCAGGAUGGGCUUCCAGGCCGCCACCGACGAGGAGGCUCUGGGCUUUGUCGCCUGCGAUGACCUGGACUACGACCACAGACAAGGUAUGCAGAUGGACAUCCUGUCCUCCGAUGAAAUGGGAGGAGAGCCGAGCGGAGACGGGGAUGGGACAGAGGGGGACAGCCACUACCAGAGGGACGGCACAGGUCCACCGCUCUCCGCCUCCAAGGAUGGAGGUUCGAACAACGAUUUGGGCGAAGCCAGACCAAAAAUCACCGCGUGGGAGGCUGGAUGGAACGUCACGAACGCGAUUCAGGGGAUGUUUGUUCUCGGGUUGCCUUACGCCAUCCUGCACGGUGGAUACCUGGGACUCUUUCUCAUUAUUUUCGCCGCCGUGGUGUGCUGUUACACGGGGAAAAUCCUCAUCGCCUGCCUGUACGAGGAGGACGAGGACGGGCAGCUGGUCCGUGUCAGAGACUCCUAUGUGGACAUUGCCAACGCCUGCUGCGCGCCCAGGUUCCCGUCCUUGGGAGGUCACGUGGUGAAUGUAGCCCAGAUCAUAGAGCUGGUGAUGACGUGCAUCCUGUACGUGGUGGUCAGUGGGAACCUGAUGGUCAACAGUUUCCCCAACAUGCCGAUAUCCCAAAAGUCCUGGGCCAUCCUGGCCACUGCUGCUCUGCUGCCCUGCGCCUUCCUCAAGAACCUGAAAGCCGUGUCCAAGUUCAGCCUGCUGUGCACGAUGGCUCACUUCGUCAUCAACGUCCUGGUCAUAGCCUACUGCCUGUCCAGAGCCAGGGACUGGGCCUGGGACAAGGUCAAGUUCUACAUCGACGUCAAGAAGUUCCCCAUCUCCAUUGGGAUUAUCGUGUUCAGCUACACGUCGCAGAUCUUCCUGCCCUCUCUGGAGGGCAACAUGCAGAAGCCCAGCGAGUUCCACUGCAUGAUGAAGUGGACUCACAUCGCCGCCUGCAUCCUCAAGGGCCUCUUCGCCCUGGUGGCCUACCUGACCUGGGCUGACGAAACCAAGGAGGUCAUCACCGACAACCUGCCCCCGACCAUCCGAGCUGUUGUCAACAUCUUCUUGGUGGCCAAGGCUCUGCUGUCCUACCCGCUGCCGUUUUUCGCCGCCGUCGAAGUCUUGGAGAAAUCGUUUUUCAAUGACGGGGGACGCGCGUACUUCCCAGAUUGCUACGGAGGAGACGGACGCUUGAAAUCCUGGGGACUGGCUCUUAGAUGUAGCCUCGUCGUGUUCACCUUGCUCAUGGCCAUUUAUGUGCCACACUUCGCCUUGCUCAUGGGCCUCACCGGCAGCCUGACGGGCGCGGGCCUGUGCUUUCUGCUUCCUAGCAUCUUCCAUCUCAAGCUUUUAUGGAGAAAGCUGCAGUGGCACCAGGUGUUCUUCGACGUCUCCAUCUUUGUUAUAGGAGGUAUAUGCAGCGUGUCCGGGUUCAUCCACUCCAUGGAGGGGCUCGUAGAGGCUUUUAGAUAUAACAUAGAAGAGUAGAUGUCGCUGGAGUUAGAUGUCAACUGCGCACCCCGCUCAUUUUAGUGGAUUUAAAAAAAUUAAUUCAAACAAACAAACAAACAAACAAAAAAAACGACCUCCCAGCAAAAUACCCCCGCGCCCCCCCCUCUCUGCUUCAUCCAUGCGUAAAAGCGCGCAUUUACACCAAUUGUCUUGCAAUGAAUCAGCAUACACACACACACACUAUUCUGAUGUCAGUAAGGAAAUCGAACGCACCCACUUCAUGACUACAGUACAUGUUGUAUAAAUAUGCGAGCAAACGUACAGUAUCUACAUAUUUUUCCAGUGGAGUGAACGUUUACAAUAUUGACAAAGUGAAACAAAGUGACAAAAAAAAUGGGGGGGGGGACAGUUUGUCUUGUCGUCGCUCUUGUGGUGAAUCUGCCCCCCCACCACACACACACACACAAACAUCAGAGUUCUCUCCAUGUAAUGAUUCAUUGAUGAUUAAAGUACAACAUAAAGGUCAUUUGGAAAGUUAUUACACACAAAAUGUACAUCUAUAAUUAAAUCCAGGAAGAAAAAAUAUCGCAAAGGCAAUAACUCGAUUGUUUUUAAACCGCAAUAUCGAUUAUAUUCCCCAAACAAUUAUUAUUAUAAAAAAAAUAACAAAAAAACACUGGAAAUGCAGAAUAUAACAGCAGCUAUACAAACUAUGCAUUGAAUGUAUGAUAUUAAAGGCAACAUCACAAUAAAUCUAGGAGGUGCAAACGUGAUACUGUUCUAUAGAGAUCUUAAACAUUUCGAUUCUUCUGUGUGAAAGUGUUGAUGCGUUGGUAUUUCUCCCUACAUCUUUGACACAUGCACAUCAUUUAUUAGCGGGAUUUUUAGCCUGCUGUUGCUGAUUUCACUUCACCUUCUGAGUAGAAAGUGUGGAAACAACGUUCAAACCCAAGAUCGCGGUCCAGAUCCCAGCUACAAGACGGGGACCCCGACUCCAAACCCUGCACAGCACACUGUACUGGGAAAAAUAUAUUUAUUUAUUUUUC